AUGAAGCAUUUCCUGAGAGUUGUGACACAGUUCCUUGUCUUCCUGUACUGCAAAUGUCUGUGGCGGGGACUCAAGUUUGUUGUAAGGAAAUUCACAGGCCGCUGUGAAUUGCAGCGUAUCUGCUACAACAACAAACAUGGGGCCCGCAGGACCCUCAAGAUUGAAUCCUCUCUAAGGUACUCCAAGAAUGAGCUGCUGCAAUCUGCCCUCAGCGUCCACCCUGACAAAGUAGAGAAGACCAUUGAUGACAUUAUGGCCCUGAAGAAAAUAAACCCUGACACUAACCCCCAGCUGGGCAUCUCUCUGCAAGCCAGCCUGUUCCAGAUUGUGGGCUACAGGAGCCUGGUGGCUGAAGUGGAGAAGUUGCGCAGGGAGCCCUACGACUGUGAGAAUCCUCACCAUGAGGAGAUGCUCAUGAAGCUGUGGAAGGAACUACGCCCGGAUACACCUCUCACAGGACGCAUCUCUAAGCAGUGGUGUGAGAUUGGUUUCCAAGGCAGUGAUCCCAAGACUGACUUCAGAGGCAUGGGUCUGCUGGGCUUGCACAACUUGUUGUAUUUUGCAGAACACGACAAGGCCACCGCUCUCCAGAUGCUCCAUGACUCCUUGCAACCUAAGCACAAACAGUAUAUAACUGAAUUGUGUGCCCUUCACAGUGAGAUGAACCAAACAGACUGGCAACAGAAGAACCUUGACAAAGCUAUUGGCUAUUCUUUCGCCAUUGUGGGCAUCAACAUCACAGACUUGGCCUAUUCCCUGCUUGUGAGUGGAGCUCUGAAGACCCACCUGUAUAACGUGGCCCCUGAGAUUCCAAGCUUGCUGCACUUCCAGCAGACCUUCUGUUACCUGAUGCAGGAGUUCCACCACUUUUGGAUUGAGGAAGACCCAAGUGACAUUAUGGAGUUUAACCGGGUUCGCUCCAAGUUCCACCGGAAGGUUCUGCGUCAGCUCAAGAACCCCGACAUGGCACUGUGUCCCCACUUCUCUGCCUCUGACCUUCACCUGGUCAAUCUGUAA